CUGGACCCAAGCUCCGCAGCCGCCGAAAGCCCUAGAAAGACACCGCACAGAAACAAGGAACAUCUACUGCUAUUUUAGCAGUAGGGUCUAAAAGACACUCCCGGCAGUCAAUUAUGGCCUUCGCAGCCGCCCAGAAGCGAUUUGCGUUGCUUGUCGGCAUCGACUUCUACCUGAAUGACGGCUCGAGGAAGAGUGAAAAAGGAGAAUCUCUCUCUCUUAGUAACCUACAAGGCUGUGUCAACGAUGUCGGGGGGGUUGAAGAGUUCCUUCGCAAAGAAUUCCAGCUGGACAACUCUUGCGUCCUUACCUCGCCUCUACCCUCGUCAGGGCUUCCCACGGAGGCGUCAGAUCGUUGGCCUACAUUUGACAACAUCAGGAGGGAAUUCAACACCGUAUCUGAACAGGCUAGUGCCGGCGACAUGUUCUUCUUUCACUUCUCUGGGCAUGGGGCACGGCUGCAACCAACAAGCAGAUCGCCCCCCGGGAGAUCGACAGACCCAUCUCUAGUGACAAUGGACUUUUGCUGCGGAAAGCCUGCAGUCAGGGGAUGGCAGUUGAAUGAGUGGCUGAAAAUACUCAACGAGAAGAAGAUUCGAACCGUUGUCAUCCUCGACAGCUGCCACUCGGGUGGUGCCUGGAGGACUGACGGCCGUUUUCGAACCCCAGAAGGUUGGACAAACAUCCCAAACCUUCCCGCCGACGAAGGUGCCAUCCUAGAGACUGCUGUUGAAUCGAGCUGCCGUAAUGGCGAGUUGGAAAUGUCCUGGUCCAUCAACCCAGAUGGGUUCACGCUCAUGGCAGCCUGCGAAAGUCAUGAAAAGGCUGCGGAGAAGACCGUUAACGGCAGAUCUUACGGCGCAUUCACCCAUGGCCUUUUGGCGUGCCUCAAGCAGAACCGGCCAAGCGAGGCAGUUGUGACUUACCGGAACCUGCGCGACCAGAUAGUCAAGCAGGUCAACGGACAAACUCCUCGAGUAUACGGUCGAGAUAGGUUGGUAUUCUUCGGAGACAAGGAUCCGAUCUCGGCAACGCCCCUCGUCGUGCGACUUGACGGGGAGAAUAUUUAUCUUCCCAUCGGUAAAGUUCACGGUGUUCGAGAGGGAUCCGAGUUCACAACAUAUCCGCCUACAACACACGUGACAUUUUCGGUGGAUCGAGUUGACGACUUCGAAUGCAGGGCCCCAGCCCUCCACGCACUGACUUUGCAACGACACCCCUACUGGAUCGUUCCAUGUCGAUGGAGUUUGGGAGAUGAGAUUCUCCAAGUGCUUGCCGAUCCCAGUCUGGGGAGCGAAUUCCAACAGGCGCUGCAUGCAGCUCUCCAGGAUAGGAUUGUCGGAGAUAUCGAGAUCACCGAACCCAGCGACAGCUCCGGGCCCGAUGCCGCCGUGUUCAGGGUGACAAAGCGAGACGAUGGCGGCAUCGACCUCACGGGAUCUCCGUCUUUGACCGGGUACGAAGGUCCGGUGCGCGGGUUGGACCUCACAGGCGUCAACGUCGCUCAGCUGGCCACAAAUUCUGCCGUUGCUUUGGCUCACUUGACCCGGUUCAGACAAAUCCUCCGCCUCAGUGGCAACGCGUCUCAGCAGCUUGGGCCGUUCGAGCUGACUCUGAAACCGAAGAUUUCCGGGGGCAACCUCUCGGGUGGCCAGGAAAUAGACUUCGUGUUCAGGAACACAACCAAAUCUCAGCUUCACAUCACGGUCUUGGUGCUCAGUUCUGGAUUUCAUGUGAAGCAGCUUUACCCUUCGCAGGAUUUUCCAGAAUCGGUAGAUCCAGGCCACAAGGUUUCGUUCACCUUUAACAUCACGAUACCUGACCCGCUCAAAGGUUAUGGAGAGCAGCGAGACAUAAUCCGUGCAGUUGUCACGAAAGGCAUGCAGCUUUCCUGGAAGAGCCUGGAACUGCCUGACAUCUGGAAUGCUGAUCAGCUGUCCGACAAGCGCAAUGGCUUAGGGAGGGACGCGAAAUUGUUGUCCGAGUGCAGCUUGUGGGUCAAGGACAACGUAAUAUCAACAACAAAACAAGGUGGAGGAGAUAAUGUCUACUGGAUGUCUCACUUAGAUAGUUAA